AUGUCCAAUGCGCCAGCCCUCCGUGAUAAAGCCCUCCGCAUGUCCUACCGCAUAGGCCGCGGCGAGCAGGGCGUGCUGACGUUCGAGCCGUACAAAUCGAUGCUGCUGCCCCUCUGGCGCUUCCGCACUGUCGAGAUCGCCAAGAAGAGCUCUGCAGAUCUGUGGGAGCGGUUUGAGGAGUUUGGUAGGUUGGGGGAUUUCGUGGGGAUGGAUAUGACGAGGAAGUUUAUUCAGAUGGGCAUGACCCGCGCCAAACGCUACGCCAACCACGCUGGCGGGCGCAAGUACGACAAACGCAGCGGCAAAGAACUGCAGAAGAGCUCUAGUCAUGUAGACCACGACGCCAAGCUGGAAGCUUCUGAGAUCUUCAAGCAGGUCUGGCAGCGGUGCAAGGCGCACGAGCAGUACCAGAAACUCAAAGAAGAGUUCCUUAAGGAGCAGAAAGAGUGGGACAAGGAGCAUAAAAACUCCGUGGUGUCCGUCAAGAAGGAGGACAGGGACGGUGAUUGA